AUGACCUCCUCCAUUUGGGUAGGGCUCACGGCUCUUCUCGCAGCGUCAAACUCGGCUCUUGCUGUGGCGAAGCCCGUCACGUCCCGUAGUUGGUUGAAGCCCAAAGUCGAGAUCGACUAUGCCAACAUCACCGGACGGGUGAGCGGGAACAUCAAAGAAUUCUUGGGCAUCCCCUUCGCCUCCGCCGGCCGCUUCGAGCAUCCUCAGCUCUUCACUCAGCAGCUGGGCGACUUCGAUGGAAGCAGCUACGGUCCAAUCUGUCCGCAAAAAACGACAGCAUCGAUCCUGACGAAGAACUCGUCCAGCAGCCUGGUGCUGGGCGAGACCGGCACGGCCAUCGGCCCCGUCGUGGGCGCCCUGGCCGACACGGUGUUCAACACCCUGGGGCAAACCCGCAGUGAGGACUGUCUUCUGAUCAACGUGCAAACACCGGUGAACGCUUCCAGGGGCGACAAGCUGCCCGUGGUGAUCUGGAUCCACGGCGGCGGGUUCGAGGUCGGCAGUCCCUUCACCGACACGAGCGAGACGGACGUGAUCCGCGGCGCCGCGCUCAACUACAACGUCGGCGGCCUAGUGCGCACCUCGGUCAACCUGGGCCAGCCCAUCAUUGGAGUGUCGGCCAACUACCGCCUCAACGCCUUCGGCUUCUCGGCUUCGCGCGAGAUGGAGGAGGCCGGCCUGCUCAACCUCGGUCUCGAGGACCAGAGAGUCGCCAUGAAGUGGGUGCAGGAGCACAUCGCCGACUUCGGCGGCGAUCCGGACCGCGUCGUUAUCAUGGGCGAGUCCGCCGGCAGCUGGUCCGUCGUCGCACACCUGCUGUGGGACGAGGGCGAGGGCGCCACCGACCUGUUCCGCGGUGCCAUGGCCCUCUCGGGCGGUCCGGUCAUGGUCGAGAGCGCCGAGCGCGCCCAGCCCUUCUUCGACAACAUGGUUGAGAGGGCGGGGUGCGCCGAGGCAAUGGACAAGAUUGCUUGUCUGAAGGUUGCCGACUUUGACGACAUCAUGGCGUCGGUCAACGAAGAGGGAAUGCGACCUCGCUCCCUCGCCUCGACGUGGACCAUCCGCCCCGACGGGAAGCACCUCAAGGACUCGCCGCACCGCUUGGCCGCCGCCGGCAAGAUGGCCUCGGUCCCUUUGAUCACCGGCGACAUGCGCGACGAGGGCACCCUGUUCUCUCUGCUCGCCCAGCUCGAGACCCUCUCGGACGAGGACUUCGCGUCCUACUUCCAGACUACCUGGUGGCCCAAGGCGACCGACGCCGACAUGGCGGCCCUCAUGGAGCUCUACCCCUCGGACGUCCGCCAGGGCUCCCCCUUCGACACGGGCGUCCUGAACGCCGUCACGCCCAACUUCAAGCGUCUGGCCGCCGUCGUGGGCGACUUCAGCUUCCAGGCGCAGCGCCGCAACCUGCUCGCGCACUACAACACCUCGGAGCAGGCCGUCUGGAACUAUAUCACGGACGUCAGCGUGCCCGCGGCGGGCCUGCUGCCCGACCUGGGCGUGCUGACGCACCUGCCCGUGCUCGGCUCGUUCCACGCCUUCGACGUCUGGUUCUACAUGUUCGCGGGCCUGCCGUACGGGUUGAGCAAGAACACCCAGGCCUACCAGGCCACCGCCAUCUCCUUCAUCCGCACGCUGGACCCCAACAACCACGGCCUGGACCUCGCCAAGUGGCCGAGGUACACCGAGGACGGCCUGGAGACGUACAACUUCAAGGAGAGCGGGCCCAAGGUGGUCAGGGACGACUGGCGGGUCGAGGCCAUGCAGUUCUUCAACGACCACCCCGACUCGUUCUUGAUCUAA